AUGGAGUUCCGCUUCAUUGAUAACAGCGCGCCUCUUGAUGGACAAUCACGCAGGCUGAUCCGCAGCCAUGCGAUGAUGGGGAAGAACCUGGGGAGGAUCAUCCCGGCCAGAGGUCGGAAGAAGCGACAAUGCCAGGAAGUCAUCCGUAUGCCCUCACCUUACAAUCCAUUCGCCGGAGCGGAGUUCUCGUAUUUUGCGCUACCCACGCCCCUCACACCGGCGAUGCGGUACCUGUUCUAUCAAUUGUUCCACUGCGGCCUCGCCAUGACAGGCGCUCACGUGUCGGUCUUUCGGGGCCACCCCGACGAGGCGCUCGAGGUAACGCGACACUUGUCGCAGGCCUUGCGCCUGCUCCGUCGUGACCUCAAUACCGCUGCCGUCCCGCAGGACCCCAGUGUCGCCGUGGUCAUCUCGCUUGUCAUCUACGCCAACCUCUCAGGUGCCGUGCGCGAGAGUUGCAUCCAUCUUGACGGGCUGCAGCGCAUUCUCGAGCUCCGGCCGGGCGGCCUGGAGGCACUGCGAGUGCGCAACCGCGAGCUGAUGAACAAGAUCCGCCGUGCCGAUAUGGAGCUUGCCCUGCUGGCAGGCACGCCGACACGCUUCGGCCCACAGCAUGCGCCGGCGACCCUUCGCGUCGUCUCGUCUCUCAGCAACGAGCCUCUACCGUACCCGCUGUCCCAGUCAUGCGCAGCUUUGCAACAUACCACGCUCGAUAUCAUGGCCCUCUGUCAUUAUGCCAGGGACGCGGUGCAGCUUGACCCCUAUCACUACCAGGACAUAAUAAUCUCCAUAUCGCAGCGUUUGGUGGACUUUGCCCCGCUCAGCGGCGCGCGGCCGUCGCAUCAGCUCGAUGACAUGUGUCAGCUUGGCCUUCUCGCCUUUAUGACCACCGUCCUGUAUCGCACAGGUCGCAUGCGAUCGAUCUACUCCCGAUUGCUGUCCGAAUUGCUCCGGGCACGGCUCGAUGACUACGACGAGGGGAACGGCCUUGCCCGAGCGGAAAGAUACCCACUGCUGCGUCUCUGGCUCGUCUUCUUCUAUGCCUUCUCGGCGUCAGAAGGCGGGCAGUGGUGCGACACAGGAUCGUUUGCAGCCGGGCAUGUCCGGGCGCUGGCGGCAGCGCUCGACCUCAAGACCUGGAAGGAGGUGAGGGAGCAUCUAAGCCACUUCCCGUGGAUCGCGGCGUGGCAUGAUUCACCGGGUAAGGAGCUGUGGGACCUUGCGCACCCACGUUUCGGUAUAGAGUUCGCCACUACAGAGGAGUAA